AUGGUAAUUGGUCUUAUUUGUUCCACAUCAAGUCUUCCGGGAAACACUCACAGAAGAGAGAAAACUCAAUUUGCCUCAUCCAGUGAUAUUAGCCUACUCGCUCACGGUCUUUACCUGGUCGGCAAAGGACUGAAGGAGCACACGGACAAAAUGAAGGAAGAGAUGACUGCUGUGUCAGACCAGCUGGAUACUUACAAAAACUCCAUUGUGAACCUGGGUAGUCAGGUCAGGCUUAUAGAAAGUGACAGAAGGGCAUUAACGAGCAAGGCUGAGAAGCUGGAAAUUCAGGAUGAGGACCUUCAUAAAAGAUUUAUGGAGCUCAGAAGUGAGCAAAUGAAAGCAGUACAGGACCAGCAGUCAGUUACCAGCAAGGUAGAUUCCCUGGAAGGAAAGCUGGAGCAGAUUCUAGGAACUCUCGAGAAAAACAAGUCUGCAGACAUCCUGUUUUACAGGUCUGUGAUUGAGCUUCAAAAACAGCAUGUGGAUGAAAUUCUGGCACUGACGAAGGCCCAGCAGCAACAGAUUGAUGAACAAAAUAUGCAGAUUCAACUGUUGGUAAACAAGGUUUCAGCCUUUGGCCUCAGAGAACACUUCAACUUCAAGAAGAAUGUGAAGGGAAAUGAUAACCUUGCUGAUCAGUGGAAAAUCCAAAAACCAGCCUCAUCUGACACUGAUUGUCAUCAGAUUUUCAAGAGGGGCGGAAAAACUAGUGGAGUUUACAGCAUCCAGCCUAAAGGAGCCCAGCUAUUGCAAACAUAUUGCCGAAUGACUCCAGAAUCAGGUUGGACUGUGAUUCAACGACGAUUUGAUGGCUCUGUGAAUUUUGAUCGCUCCUGGUUAGAAUAUAAAGCAGGAUUUGGGGAUGUCUAUGGUGAAUUCUGGCUAGGUUUAGAAAGUUUCUAUCAAAUUGCUCAUCAGGACAAGUAUGUUUUGCGAAUUGAGCUGGAGGACUGGAAGAACGUGACACGGUUUAUUGAAUAUACGUUUAUGAUAAGUGGCAAAGACAACGAGUAUAGCCUGAUAAUUGGUCAGGUUUUGACAGGAGAUUUGUCAUCAGCCAUAAGUGACUGCAAGGCACUUCCUUUUACCACCAAGGAUCAAGACAAUGAUCUUCACACUGAUAUAAACUGUGCUGAGCAACAUUCAGGUGGCUGGUGGUUUUCCGCAUGUGGAGAAGCAAAUUUAAACGGGAAAUACCUUCGAUCCAGAAUCAAUAGGAGAACAGAUCGGAAGAAGGGAAUAUUCUGGAAAACUUGGAAAGGCAAUUACUACUCUUUUAAAUCCACACAACUAAUGAUCAGGCCAAUGAGGAUUAUGAACUAA